AUGAAUCAAAUAUCAUUCGUUCUUCAAUCAAACAUGAAAGAGUCACUCAAAAUGAUUAAAUUAUUUAAAGAAGAAGGUAAAACAACAACAGCAUGGGAUGUACUAUUAAAUCAAUUAUCCUCAUUAACCGUUAAGGGUGUUUGCUUUAAAUCUGAUUCCCCAGAUGUUUUCUCAACGUUUCAGGGUUAUAAAUACAACAUUCUCGAAAAACCAGAUUACUCAAAAAUUGAGAUGUUUAUGAAUUUCAUUAAAGAAGCCAUUUGUGAUAAUAACGAUGAAGUGUAUAAAUACCUUCUCGGCUGGAUUGCAUCAAUGAUUCAACAUCCUGGAAUCAAGAAUGAAACAGCAAUUAUUUUGAAAGGACUUCAGGGAACAGGUAAAAACAGAUUUACAGACAUUAUUUCUGAACUCCUCGCCGGUUAUUCAUGUAAAAACAUUACUGAAAUAAGUGAGCUAACGGGUAAUUUCAACUCAGUUGUUGAAAAUAAAAUGUUUCUUGUACUUAAUGAACUCAAGAAUGUUGGUGAAGACAGACUCGCAAACUUCAACGCUUUGAAAUCAAUUAUUACGGAUAAUGAGAUUAGAAUUAAUGAAAAGAAUCAACCUAGAAGAACAGCACAGAACGUUGCAAACUUCAUUUUCGUAACUAAUAACGUUUACCCUGUCAAAAUUGAAGUUGGAGACAGAAGAUAUGUAGUUUUAAGGGUUAAUGGUAAAUUUAAGGGUCAAUUUGAUUACUUCAAGAAUUUGAUGAAUUCAUGCACUAAGGAAUUUUAUGAUAAUUUACUGACGUAUUUUAUCAAUUACGACCUUUCAUCAUUUAAUGUACGAAUCAUACCGAUGACUGAAGCCAAACAAGAUUUAAUCGAGUUAUCAACAAAUCCUUUAGAUGAAUGGAUAAAUACACAUUAUGAUGAAUUGAGUGCAGGUAUGACAUGUAAAAAUGCUCUAUUCUGCAAACCAUCAGACAUGAAAGACAAGAAUUUCCAAAUGAGCAUUAAGGAUAAAUGUGAUAAGAAACAGGUAAGAAUAGAUGGUAAACAAACAUGGUGUUAUGUUUUGAAAGAAGAAAUGAAAGGAUUAUAUAAACAGGUUGAACCAAACGAUAAUGAGGAUUCAUUUACUGACGAUGAAAUACCUGUAAAUGAGGCAGUAUAA